CGUGCAUGGCGUACCAUAAGUGAGGCAGAGAGAGCGGAAGGAGAGAAGAUGGCGAUGGGGAACGACUCGGACGAGUCGACUUUGUCAGAUGAGGAGUAUGACCCGGUGGAGGAGGUGCAGCGAGUCAUCGAAUCGGUGGUUCAGUUCGGGGACUACCGGAGGACGCAGCGGAGGGAGUGCCACAACCUCGUGCGCCGUUUCAAGCUCAUGUUGCCGAUCUUGGAAGAGCUUCGCGACAUCCCACAACCCUUUACGAAAAACGGCGUCGCUUGGUUAGUCAAAUUCAAGGAGGCGCUAUUGUUCGCCAAGGAUUUGUUGCAACUGUGCAACCAAGGAAGCAAGAUUUACCUCUCUUUGGAGACAGAGACGAUAAUGGCCACGUUUCAGAAAGUGUAUGAAAAAUUAAGCCAAGCGUUUGGUGGCGUGCCUUGUGAGGAAAUGGGCAUCUCGGAUGAAGUCAAAGAGCAGCUUGAGCUAAUGCACGUGCAACUGAAGCGAGCGAGGAGAAGAACUGAUACACAGGACAUAGAACUUGCGAUGGAUAUGAUGGUAGUGUUCUCUGACGAGGAUGAUAGAAAUUCUGACAGUGCUAUAAUCGAGAGGCUGGCAAAAAAGUUGGAGCUUCAUAGUGUUGAGGAACUUAACAUAGAAACAAUGGCCAUCAGGCAACUUGCAGAAGAAAGAAAAGGGCAACAGAUUGAAAGUACUACGCGAAUAAUCAAUCUUCUCAACAAAUUCAAACGCGUUGCAGGCAUGCCAGAAACCACUGUCCUUGACGAUCCUGUCGCACCCAAGAUGCUAGAGAGGUCCACCUCUUUGGUCAUCCCACACGAGUUUCUCUGCCCAAUAACACUAGAAAUCAUGACAGAUCCUGUUAUCAUAGCAAGUGGACAGACAUUUGAAAAGGAAAGCAUAGAGAAGUGGUUCGAAGCCAACCACAACACAUGCCCAAAGACUAGGCAACCUUUGCAGCACAUGUCAUUGGCACCAAACUGCGCAUUGAGAAAUUUGAUCGAAGAAUGGUGUGUGAACAACAACUUCAAGCUUCCCAAAAAGUACGAUUCAGCAAAAGAAAGUUGUCCAGGCAAAGAGGAAAUUCCUUGUUUGGUUGACGGCUUAGGGUCCAUUCAUUUAGAAGAGCAGAGAAAAGCAGUGGAGAAGAUACGUAUGUUGUCAAAGGAGAAUGCUGAGAACAGGGUGUUGGUUGCUGAAUGUGGAGGAAUACCACCACUAGUGCAACUACUGUCGUAUCCAGAUUCAAAAAUACAAGAGCAUGCUGUGACAGCACUUUUGAACCUAUCAAUUGAUGAGGGUAACAAGAGACUUAUAUCAUCAGAAGGUGCGAUUCCAGCCAUCAUAGAAGUUUUGGAGAAUGGAAGUUGUGUGGCUAAGGAAAACUCAGCAGCAACUUUAUUUAGCUUGUCAAUGCUUGAUGAGAUUAAAGAGAUUGUUGGUCAAUCAAAUGGGUUGCCACCUUUGGUGAAUUUGUUGAAGAAUGGAACAGUUAGAGGGAAGAAAGAUGCUAUCACAGCUCUUUUCAACUUAUCACUGAACCAAGCAAACAAAGGUAGGGCCAUUAGGGCUGGCAUUGUAGCACCUUUGGUUCAGUUGCUGAAGGACGUAAACUUAGGGUUGAUUGAUGAGGCUCUCUCCAUUCUGUUACUCCUUGUCUCAAAUUCAGAAGGAAGACAAGAGAUUGGACAACUUAGUUUCAUCGAAAUUCUUGUUCAGUUCAUGCGAGAAGGAAGUCCGAAGAACAAGGAAUGUGCAGCCUCAGUUCUUCUUGAGUUGUGCUUAAAUAACUCAUCCUUCAUAUUGGCAGCACUUCAGUUUGGAGUGUAUGAACAUUUGAUAGAAAUCAAACAAAAUGGAACAAAUAGAGCACAGAGGAAAGCAAUGGCAAUCUUAGAACUCAUAACCAAGAGCGAGCAGAUUUAAUCUUUCCUUUCUCCAAUUAAUGUAGUAUCAUUUCAUAGUA